AUGAGGAACAAUCGAAGCAACGUGGGAGAUGGGACGAAAGAUAUGAGUACUAAGUUAGUGGCAGUCGCCAUUGACAAGGAUAAAGGCAGCCAAGUUGCUCUCAAAUGGACCACGGAUAAUUUGGUUAACAAAGGCCAAACUGUUGUUCUAAUUCAUGUUAAUGUUAAACCAUCAGGAACCUCUUUCCAUUCUUCUCCAUCUAUUGCCACACCAAGAAUUCCAGAAGAAAGCUUGUCAUCUCAUUCCGAAACAGAUUCAACAAUGAAGGAGUUGUUUCUCCCUUUUCGUUGUUUUUGCACCAGAAAAGAUUUAAAAUGCUUUGAAGUCGUGUUGCACGACCAAGACAUUGUAAAAGCAUUGACGGAAUAUGUUACCCAAUCUGGGAUAGAAAUUUUGGUCCUCGGUUCCACCACAAAAAAUGGACUUCUCAGGUUCAAAGUAACAGAUAUUCCAACUACAGUCUCAAAAGGCGUGGCCGAUUUCUGCACCGUCUACAUUAUCUCCAAAGGGAAGAUUUCAUUAACAAGAGCAGCCACUCGUCCAGCACCUUCUGUUUCUCAACUCCGCAACCAAAUUUUAUACCAAAGCAACCCAUCAUUUCAGUCAAAUUCUUCAUCCGUAGCUGGUGCCUUUAAAGGAAUUCCGAGAUCGCAGACCGAACAUGUAACAGCCAGCAUGUUGCAUGAUCUAGACAAUAUGAGGUCUCCUUUUACUCAUCGAAAAGGUUUGAAUGGAAUGGCGUAUCCAGAGCUUCCUCCUCCGGACAAUGACAUAUCCUUUGUAAGCUCGGGCAGGCCGAGCGUUGAUAAUCUGUUUCCUUCGUUUUACGAUAGCAUGGAUUCUAGUCGCACACCUCCAUUUCGGUCAAGUAUAUCAGAUGCUGAUAGAGACAGCUUUGAGUAUAACAGCAUCUAUGGAGGACGAAAGUCAAUUGAGGCCAUGACUCCCAACAGGUUCUCGCUAUGUUCCGAUGACAGUGAUAGAUCAUGUUCUACCCAAUCAAUGGAUGAAGUCGAACUAGAAAUGAGGCGGUUGAAGCAAGAACUCAAGCAAACAAUGGACAUGUAUAGCUCAGCCUGCAAAGAAGCACUCACAGCAAAACAAAAGACAAAGGAACUCCAGCGAUGGAAGUUGGAAGAAGAAAUGAAGUUGGAAGAGGCAAAAAUAGCAGAGGGAGCAGCAUUGGCAUUGGUUGAAAGAGAAAGAGCAAAGUCUAGAGCAGCCAUGGAACAUGCAGAAGCUGCUCAGAGGAUAGCAGCAUUGGAAUCACAGAAAAGAAUAAGUGUGGAAAUGAAAGCACUCAAGGAAGCAGAAGAAAGGAACAAAGUAAUGAGUAAGUUAGCACAAACCGAUGUACGUUACAGGAGGUACUCUAUCGAGGAGAUAGAAUCCGCGACAAAUUUCUUCUCCCAAUCGUUGAAAAUCGGUGAAGGCGGUUAUGGCCCGGUUUACAAGUGUUUCCUAGAUCAUACACCCACUGCAGUUAAGGUUCUCCGGCCUGAUGCUGCACAAGGAAGAUCACAGUUUCAACGUGAGGUUGAAGUGCUUAGCUGCAUAAGGCAUCCAAACAUGGUCCUACUACUAGGUGCUUGCCCGGAAUAUGGCUGUCUUGUUUACGAGUACAUGUCUAAUGGAAGCUUAGAAGACCGACUUCUACGUAAAGGAAACACCACAUCUCUAACAUGGCAACAAAGGUUUCGCAUAGCGAGUGAAAUCGCGGUAGGAUUAUUAUUUCUCCACCAAACCAAACCGGAGCCAAUUGUCCAUCGUGAUCUAAAACCCGGAAAUAUUUUACUAGAUCACAACUUCGUGAGCAAGAUUAGCGAUGUCGGUUUGGCAAGACUAGUCCCUCCUUCAGUAGCAGACACCGUCACUCAAUAUAGAAUGACGUCGACAGCCGGGACAUUCUGUUAUAUAGAUCCCGAGUAUCAACAAACCGGAAUGCUUGGUGUAAAAUCCGAUGUUUAUUCGUUAGGAAUCAUGUUCCUUCAGAUAAUAACUGCCAGGUCUCCAAUGGGUUUGGCUCACCAUGUUGAGAAAUCGAUCGAAAAGGGGACUUUCACUCAAAUGUUGGACCCAACCGUGCCCAAUUGGCCGGUUGAGGAGGCGCUUUCAUUUGCGAAGUUGUCACUCAACUGUGUAGAGCUGCGAAGGAAAGAUCGGCCUGACUUAGGCAAAGUUGUAAUGCCAGAACUUCAGAGAUUGCGAAAACUUGCUGCUGACCAUACUGUGUCUUACUCACCAUAUGAAGGCUACAGUGGCUCAUAUAACCAAAGCCAAGUAUCGUUAACAAGUGAUGAAAUGAGCUCAUAUGGUCGAUCAGCUGGGUACGAGAGCUCGAGAAGCAAUAUCAGCAUGGGUAACUAA